GCGUCUUACAAACAAAGCGGCAGCAAAGCAACAACGAGUGUAGGUUGAUUAGUGCAGUUCGUUUCGGUUCGGUGGAAUUCCUAAAAUAGCGUUUAAAUAAUAGUUUUUUUCACCACCAUGCGUUAUUUGUGUCGACUGUGUUCGAGCACCGAUAAGAUUAUUGACGUUUAUCAUUCACAAUUAGAAAGUGGGAAACAGCUGCGUCGAUACAUUUGGUUAGCGAGCGGAAUUGAAAUACUGUGGAAUGAUCCGAUUUCCAGAAUGGUGUGCCAUCGUUGCUGUGAAAUUGCAGUUAAAUUGCAUAAAUAUCGGAGUAACGCAGUUGCAAACGAUAAGUUGCUCAAGGAAAAAUAUGGUCAGCCAUAUACGGCCCCGAUCACAGAUAAAGAUGAGCUUCUGUCUGCCGCAUCUAGAAUUUUUAAUCUAUCUGAUAUCGGGACCAUGAAAGAUGACGCCGAUCCCUUAGAAUUACUAAACACAUACAUAAGUAACAAAUCUGCAAGAAACGGUAAAGGCACCAAAGUAAACGUGGAAAACGUUAGCAAGGUUAAAGAGAGCGUUACUAUAAAACCUUCAACAUUAUCUCCGCCGAAUCAGACGCAUGUAAAUGCUUUAGAUAAUUUUAAGGACAAAACCACAUCCGCGAUAGAAAACGAUAAAGCGGUAGUGCCUUUAAAUAAUGCCAUAAAAUAUAUACCAAAACCACAUUCAGUUGUAAAAUGUGAUAUUCCCAAGGCUAUUCGGUCUCGUAGUAUUACGCCUAAUGCGGAUACUGAAGUACAUAAAUCGAAUACGAUAAAUUCUCAUGACGACAAGGGUACUCCGAGAUUAUCACAAUCUGAGAUACAUACUUACGCACACCCUUCAGUUAAGCAAUUAUUUAAGGAAUAUCAAUCCAUCAAACUCCCCAAAGAAGUAUUUUCUUCAGAUGUAUCUCCUAGGAUUUCUAUAGAUCCUACAGAAGUUAGUGAUUGGUACACACAACAGCUUCAGAACCUAAAAGAUAAACUAAAAACCAUUUCGAGUAGUAAUAGCAAUCCUCUUAGCAGUUCUGAUGAUGAAGACGUUUCGAGACCUCGUUUGCGUAAACGUAAACAUCAACGCAUUAUUGAUUGCAGUGAUUCUGAGGGCGAUGAUGAAUGGCUACCAUUCAAAAUUCAAGCACAAGAUGUCAAAAGUACAAAACCAACUCGGUUAGUAAUAAGUAAUUCUAAUGCAACGGCUCGUAGCCCAGAAACUUCUCCUCAAAUACCUAACUGUAGUAAUGUUACUAGUGAUUCUAACUACACAGUAGUAAAUAGGUCUAAUCCACCCAAACAACCCGGAAGUGCUGCCCUUAAAUUAAAGAUUAUGAAACACCUACCACCACGAAAGCCUACCAAUACGGAAUCUAAGGAGUUUCUCGCCUCUGAACCAAACAGUCGAGUUUUGCAAUCAUUAUUAACAUCAAACGAUCAAACGCUCGCCAAUUUAUAUACAGAUUUCAGCAAGUACGGAAUUAACAUUGAGAAUUCAGAACCGCCUAUUCAUUAUGAGAAUGAGGGUGAAUCUACAAGUUCUUUGACAGAUAUGGUCUUAGAAGCAAUCGUAGGGCAGAAGCCUGAAGCAAUAAAGCCCGUUGAGGCAACAGUAACUGUAAAUAAAGUGAAUGACGAUAUUAUAUGCAUAUCUGAUGAUGAGAAUGACGCUGUAGAUCAAAAGAAAGCAAAUUCUGCCAGUUUUAUAAAUUCAAAUGAGGAAAAAAUGAUACAUUCGCUAUUAAAAAAACAUUUAAAUCACAGACUAGCCAAGGAGAGUCAAACUUUUCAUCCGAAUGAUUCCAUAAUACAUCGUACUAAAACCAAUUUAAUAGCGUUACCAAACAUGGUAGGUGAAUUGAGGAGAUAUAAAAUGCCUAUAGAUUUAAAGCAUUCCGUGGGCAACGUGGCUCAUUUCGAAAAUAAUUUAAAUCAUAAUCCUCGGCCAACAUUGGACAAGUGGUCCAUAGAGGAGUGUACGAAUAUUUCCCUUGUUAAGAUUCCAUCAUGUACAACUCAAACUGCUAAUUUACUAAAUAAUGGAGUAGCAACAAAUGCAAGAAACAGCAAACCACUAGGUUCAUCAUUGUGGAAUCAAAUGUUCGUUGAUCGUAUUACAAAUGCUAUCAAGAAUAAAUGUAAUGAUAUUUCAUCAAAUUUAGGGAAGUCGAAUCAAGUUACACCAAAUUUAGUUAAAUCGAAUCAGCAAGUUACAGCAAAUACAGGUCAACCGAACCAUAUUACUUCCAACCUGAUCACGAAUGCCAUCCGUGAUAAAAAUGUUACCUCAGUUAUUUCUCCAUGUGUUGACAAUGAUGUAAACAGACAGAAACCUAUUAUUCUAAAUGGUUCCAACAGUUUAUCUUUACACUCCCUCCUCUAUUCGGAAAAAACUAACGUUGACCGAUCUCCAGACCCUGCUGCUAGGAGUAAUAGUACAAUUUCACCUUUAUUACAAAAUUAUUUGCAAGCAAAUACAGUGCCGAGUAAUUGUCUUACACCUCCUAGGGAGAAUUCUGAAAACUUGACAGCUACAAUAAUUCAACCUCCAAAAGACGUACCACAAGGUGAUAUGACUUCUAAAAUAAGAGUUAAAAAUAUGUCAGAACUUUUAUAAAACAGCUUAGUAUUGUGAACUUUAUAAGACUUAAGUAUUUUAUAAUUAUUUAUAAUUUGUUAUAUUGUUUUUUGCUGUAUAUUGAAGAAAAUUUGUAAGUGAAAAUUCCUUCUAUUCCUAAAAUAAUUCUAAAGUAAUAAUUUUUUUAUUAAAUAAAAUAAUAAAGCAGCUUAUA